AUGAAUCCACUGUGGUUCUUCCUCUUCGUGGUGUCAGCACCCAGAGGUGAGUGUGUCCUGUCCCAGGUGCAGCUGCAGGAGUCGGGACCCAGCCUGGUGACGCCCUCCCAGACCCUCUCCCUCACCUGCACCGUCUCUGGAGACUCAUUAUCCAACUUUAAUGUCGACUGGGUCCGACAGCCUCCAGGAAAGGGGUUGGAGUGGCUUGCUGAGAGCAGUUAUAAAGGAAACACGUAUUAUAACCCAAGUCUUAAGUCCCGGCUCAGCAUCACCAGGGACACGUCCAAGAACCAAGUCUACUUAUCAUUGAGCAGCCUGACAACUGAAGACACAGCCGUGUAUUACUGUGUGAGAGACACAGUGAGGGGAAGUCAGUGCGAGCCCAGACACGAACCUCCCUGCACGGAGGCCUUUAACCAGCAGGGGGCGCACAGGACCCAACAGGUAAACACUAGAAGAGAGCAAAGUCAUCACGUUCUCAUUACAGGAGGGGGAUCUGCAAACCUCACCCGGCACGUCCAGCCUUGUCCUGGAAUCGGUUCAGGGGAGCGGCCUUGCCCAGAGCACAGCUCUGGGAGAGGAGCUCCAGCCCGGGAUUCCCAGGUGUUCCCAUUCGGGGUUCAGGAAAGAACACUCACCAUGGAGUUUGGGCUCAGCUGGGUUGUCCUUGUGGCGAUUUUACAAGGUGUCCAGUGUGAUGUGCAGCUGGUGGAGUCUGGGGGCGGCUUGGUGCAGCCAGGGGGGUCUCUGCGACUCUCCUGUGCAGCGUCUGGAUUCACCUUCAGUAGCUAUGCCAUGAGCUGGGUCCGCCAGGCUCCAGGGAAGGGGCUGGAGUGGGUCUCAGCUAUUAAUAGUGAUGGUGGUAGCACAGGCUAUGCAGACGCUGUGAAGGGCCGAUUCACCAUCUCCAGAGACAACUCCAAGAACACGCUCUACCUGCAAAUGAACAGCCUGAGAUCUGAGGACACGGCCGUGUAUUACUGUGCGAGAUACACAGUGAGGGGAAGUCAGUGUGAGCCCAGACACAAACCUCCUUGCAGGAAGACAGGAGGGGCGAUGCAGGGGGCACUCAGGACAUACAACUGUGUUUUUCAGCCACAGGAGCAGGUGCAGAUGGUUUUAUACGGGAAAACACAGAGGCCAUCAGGAGGACAUGUCCACGUGGUCAACGUGAAGCGCGCCUCCAUCAGUUCUUCUCCCUCCCAUCACAAUGGUCAGGCCCUCUUCUGUGACCAUCACUCGUAA